GACAUUAUUCUUUUGAAAAAAAAAAACAGUUUUCUUGUUUUGCCAAAAAAUUAAUAAAAUUCAAUACAAUCCGCAUUUAUUAUCUUUUGAAAUCGACGAAAACGAGUUAGGGAGAUUUUCAAUUAUAUCUUUAAAAGAUCUCAUUGGUCCACCAAUAACCUUAAUAAAAACUGCUGAAGGUAAAACGGUUAUAAGACUUAAGGAAUAUUUUGUUUCUAAUUAUCAGAUAUGAAUCGACGAGUCAUUAUUUUCCAUUUCAUUAAUCAAAUUUGUCUUAUCAAAUAUAAAUUAUAAAUAAUUCAAAAUAGCUUUCAAAUAUAGUAUUUAAUAACAGAUGAUUCAAAAAUAUACAUAUUAACUCAACUUUCAAUGAUACAAAACUAAAUAUAACAACUAGUGAAAACUCUGACAUAUUUAAAAUAUUCUGUUAAACAAUGGAGUAGGUUUAAUCUAAGGAAAUGGCAACGCCGCCGACCAAUAUUACUGAAGAUGAAGUUUUCGAUGAGUAUGUGAUUGAGGAUGAAAAUGAAAAUCAGGAUGAGGACGAGGAUGAGAAUGAGGGUGAGGGUGAGGAUGAGGAAAACAUUGAAAUUAUAAAGAAUUCAGUAGAGUUACCAUCAUCACAAUAUGAAUUGGAUUCAAUUUUAUCAAGCUGCCAAAAAACGACUAAUAUACGAGUAGUAGAUGAUGAACUCACAAAUUUAUUAAAAGAUUGGGGCCACCUGGAAGUUUUGGAUCAUUUCAAGAAGGAACACAUAGAUAUUGAGGUUUUGAAAAAUAUUGAGUGCCACCACCUGGGAGAAAUUAUGAAACCGUUUUCGUACGGAAAAUUGAUUUUGUUUGAGGCCAAAUUAAAAGAGUGGCGAAGCGCGCUUGGAAAGCCGCUUUUAUUGUACCAAACUUCAUUUAGGCCGCUUCAAAACUCACAAUGCUCAUCUGAAGCAUCUUUCUCGGUUGUAUCGACACCGACCACGCCAAAAUCAUCUAGAUCAGAAAAUUCUCCGAACUCCAUACCUUUAGGCGAAAUUUUGAACAGCAAUCCCAAAACUUUGGCAUUAGCUGAAAGCUAUGAGAAGUCGAAAAAAUUUCAGGAACACCAAAGGAAAGAACUUAUCAAUGCAAUAGCCAUUUAUUUUGACCAGAACAACCUUCAUUUGGAUUUACAUUCAAGUUACAAAAUUGAACAGGAGAUUUUAGAAAGAUUCCCGACUGAAAAAUUGGAAUAUUAUCGAACAAGUAAAAGGGGUAAAAUUUACGCUAAGUUUUGUAACAUUAAAUCCUCUUCAAGAACAAAUGUAACGAAUAAAUCCAAAUGAUAACUUGUCAUGUGAGGAGUUUGAACGUAGCUGGAAGGCAUGUAUAAACCACAGGCUCUUGGAAAUAAAAAACGCUUCUUCCACCUCUGAGAUUCUCAAUAAAUGGCCUCAGUAUAAGCUUCCAUCUGGCCAUCGCUUUGUGAGUUUUAAAACCUUUCAUCACCAUCGUUCAAAAAUAUUAAAAUUUUUAAAUUCCAAAGGUUGAUAUAGACUAUAGUUAUUUGUAUCCAAAUGCCGGCUCAUUUUUGAACAAUUGGGAAACACUGGGGGAAAAACUUCUUAAAUUUCUCUCUACUGAUAACCGUGUCAAGGAAAAGAAUAUACGAGAGGUUCUAAUCAAAAUUAAAACAGCAGAUUCAUCUGAAAGUUCGUGCUUAGUUUAAAUAUUUUUAAGUACAACUUGUAAUUAUUAUUUUUUACUAUUCCAAGUGAUUAGUAAAUAUAAAUUUAUACUUAAAAAUACACUAUCAUACAUUUUAAUAUAGCUAUGUAUAAAUAUAUAAUUAUUGUAUCAAAUUGUUGUUAAAAGCUUUACUGAUUUUGGUAUUUCUGUGGUUGGCUUUUUUUCAGACUGUAAAGAUGCGGCAUUACUUUGGGCUCUGCAUGGAUACUUUGUACCUUUCCAAAAAGUUAUAAAAAAAGACAUAGAUGGUAGAAAACACGUUAUACGACAUACCAUCAAGGACUCGCAGAAUUCAUUCGUUUGGAUAGGCAACACAAUUCAAGCUAUAGAAGACCAUAUUGCCUUCCUCAACAAAAUGGGUGAGAAUAUCCAACCAUUCAUUAUUGUUCACGGUGUGUCAAUCUUGAAUUUUUCUGAAAUUUUUCUCUAUUUUGAUGGAGUUAAAUUUCCGUUUAACAGUUUCAUCCGAGCAGUGGAUAUCUGUUACAAAAUUUUUUAUUUAUUUAAUCUGGAGUACCCAACCGCUUGUUCCUCCUUUUGGGGUUUUAUAGAAACGCAAUACCAUCAAGGUAAUAAAAAAAAAUUGUGCGG